GUGAGACUCCUUCUCCGGGGCUGACCGGUCUCUUUUUACACAGGCCUGUCAUGCAGGCUAUUUUAAAGAGACACACUGUGGCACCUGACCCGAUUUUCCACACACACACAUACACAUACUGCUCUGGGGUUCCCACCAUACUGUAGCACACUGGCAACAGCAGUGGCAGGAGCAGCAGCAGCAGCAGCAGCAGCAGCAGCAGCAGCAGAGAGUGCGAAGAGUGAGAGGGGGACAAGCAUCCGUGUAGUAGGCUACUGUCCUUUCACAUCAGUGCAAGAGUGUAGUAGUAACACUGUAAAGCGGUGUUUGCUCACGACAGAAACAGUUCGUUGAGGACAUGAGGAAUUUUCGCCUGUGAACCACCCGCUGCUCUAAACAGCCAUGCCAUUGCUUUGCCCAUGCCACCAGUUAUGCCCCCUCUGCUGUGCCUUUGGACGGCUGCCUAAGUGCCAAGGUCUGGAGCAUUAUCUAUCUGGUCGCCAAGGACGCUGCUGAGUUGUGGUAUGUUAUGGCUGCUGAUUGAUGAGACUGCUGGUAUUCAAAGGUGGCUUGUGUCGUAUGCAGUGAAUAUCGGCUCACAGCGGCAGAUCACCCCCGCGUCCCCUAAUUGGAGGGAACGAGAAGGCAAGUGAUGGAGGGCCACAGAUGCGUGGGCUAGUUCUGAAAAAUCACCGCCCACUAACACCAGCGACUAGUAGGAAGCGAUGAGAGAUGAACCACAUUCUUUGAGCGCCCACUUCAAAACAACACUGUGUGUCGGAGCUGUGUUUUUGGAUCGUGUAAGGUAAGAACAAAUCCAGCCAGCAACCAGCCCCUCAUAGACAUUAGAUUGAGUGUUACACAUCAUAUUGAUCCGUUUAGGCCGGACAGGAGGAGUAGCGCCUCACUCAGGUGCCCCCUGCCUCCUGAACCCAGUCCCUGGAGCCCUCUGCCACCACAUUCCUCUGCUCUUGAACCAAAGGGCAUGCUAUAAGCUCUCUACCUCCCCACCGAAACCCAUCCACCCAACCACCCAACCAGCCAUCCAUCCAUCCAUCCAUCCAUCCCGAGUGCAGAGCCCUUUCGGGCCCCAUGAAGAGGUUCGGCAGCCUGCGGCGGAGCAAGAAGAAGCGGGAGGAGGAGCGGCUGCUGUCCCGGCGCCGGUCUGAGCCCCCUGCGUGGCCCGCCUCAGGCGUGUCGUCUCCGCCCAGCCCUCCGACCCAGACCCCCAGCCCACCUGUGUUCCCCGCGGAGGCCCAGAGCCCUGUGCCCGAGCCGGGGCCGUCGCCCGCAUGCUCCCCCUCUGCUGCUGCCGCUCCGGAGAGCAGCAGAGGGGGAAACGCCACGCCCUCCUGCUCCUCCAAGCCUCCUCUUCUCGCCUCUGUGUCCAAGUCUACCUCACGACAGGUCUCCGGAACAACGGAAGGCAUGCUGGAAAAACUUGAAAUUGAAGAUGAAGCAGGCGAGGAGCCAGAGAACAUGUACAUUCGUUUCAUGAAGUCUCACAAGUGCUAUGAUAUCAUACCCACCAGUUCAAAGCUUGUGGUCUUUGAUACCUCUCUUCAGGUAAAGAAGGCAUUCUUCGCUUUGGUAGCCAAUGGCGUCAGAGCAGCACCACUGUGGGAUACCAGUCGGCAGAGUUUUGUGGGGAUGUUGACCAUCACUGACUUCAUUAUCAUUCUGCACAGAUACUACAAGUCACCAUUGGUGCAAAUAUAUGAGUUGGAGGAGCACAAAAUUGAAACAUGGCGAGACCUGUAUUUGCAAGAGACGUUCAAGCCAUUAGUCAAUAUAUCACCUGAAGCAAGCUUGUUUGAUGCUGUGUACUCGCUCAUCAAAAACAAAAUCCAUCGACUUCCCAUCAUUGACCCGGUGACAGGCAAUGCCCUUUACAUCCUCACUCACAAGAGGAUUUUGAAAUUCCUGCAACUGUUUAUAUGCCAAAGUGAGAUGCCAAGGACGGCCUUGAUGAAGCAGACAUUAGGGGAACUGGGCAUUGGCACCUACACAAACAUCGCCUUCAUACGCCCAAACACCCCCAUCAUCAAAGCUCUCAGUCUGUUUGUUGAGAGGAGGGUAUCAGCUCUUCCUGUGGUGGAUGAGUCCGGAAAAGUUGUGGACAUUUACUCCAAAUUUGAUGUCAUCAACCUGGCUGCAGAAAAAACCUACAACAAUUUAGAUGUGACUGUGACACAGGCUCUGAGGCAUCGCUCUCAGUACUUUGAGGGUGUUGUGAAAUGCAACAGUGAUGAGACGCUGGACACCAUUGUGGACAGGAUAGUGAAGGCAGAGGUGCAUCGGCUGGUGGUGGUGGACGAGCGCUCUUGUAUCAAGGGUGUCAUCUCUCUGUCCGACAUCCUGCAGGCCCUAGUCCUCAGCCCUGCAGGUGGUGUCAGAAAAGAGAGUGUAAGACAGUGACAAAUGUGUUCCUGUGAAGACAAGGGGCUCUAUGGAGUCGCAGCCAUUCUCCUUGAUGCCAAACAACAUGGUCCAGUGCCAUAGUGGGAAAACGACACAUCUACAGUAGCCACAUCUGGAGCAGGUCCUUUCUCCUUCAACUUAGAGGUCACAGGAUACAGGUGGAAUGAGCCACUUACACAAUUGCCCUCAAACCCAAGCCUCCUGUGACUGAUGUUGCUCCAUUUGUUCCAUGUGUAAUCCCAAUUGGACUAGGUUCCUGCAACCACUGUACAUGCACAUUGGAGGCAUUUUCUUUUUACGGAAGUGGUCAUGGAAAUUCAUUUUUUUGGGGGGGGGGGGGUUCUGGAAAGUCAUGGAAAAAUAAUGGAAUUUUAUAUCUGAAUUAGAGUGGGAACCCUGUGUGUGCUACUCUAUGCAAAAAUGAAAAACAAUUGUGGCAGGUGACUCUCUUGUGUAUACCUUUGGUGAUUGAAGCCUCUGGUCUUACGCUGCAACAGAAAACUGGCUGGAAUUGCAUGAUUUAGAGAAAACAAUCAAAUUAAACCUUGCACACUUGUAGUAAUUUAUUAUUUAGUUUACAUUAUUAGGUCUGGGAGAGAGAUGUCACAGCAGAAAUUAACAACAUUAUGUAAAUGUUUCAUGUGUAAACCAGGAGUGCAAUCCUAUAUGCACACUCCUGUCCUCCACUUGUGCUUGUGGCCUCGCCCCGCCUCCUGGUCCCACCUCCGUGGUGAAAACAAUGAAGUUUCCCAGCUGUCAGCCUAUAGUCACAACAACUUUUGAGGGACUGUUUUUCAUUCACCAUCCCAAUUUCAAAUGAGAAAAUGACAUUAGAAUUGUGCUUUUGCAAGAUAUUUAAUUCAUUUUCUGUCGUCAGUGACAUCAUGAGGUCACAAGCAGGCAUAGGGAGGACAGGCAAGUCAGCAUAUUGGACUCCACCCCAGGUGUAUCUUGUCACCAGAACUUCCUGCAGUGCCAUGAGGCAAACAGUUUCCACAUCAAUCAUGUGUCUCUUUGUAUAGUUUGGUGACCCUACAGUGUAUGAUACAGUAAAUUGAUGUUGUUUUUUUGCCACCACAACUGUAGGCCCAGUUGUGUUGUGCCAUGUUGUUUUUCCCCCACGACAUUGUGCCUUGGAUCAGACAGGCCUGCACGUUGAAGAGGAGACUCUCUCAUAGAGCCUAUUUGACAUGUUCUUAUGAAUAGAAUGUUUUAAGCAGCACAACAGAAUUAUGUUCUUUGUGUUUUUACAUUCCUGAGAACGGAAUAUAUUUUUGUAAGAGACACUGGCUUGGGAAGUUAAUUUCAAGUUUUGUCUUUGGAUUGUAAUUGUCUUGGAUGUACUGUAGGCUAUGAAUGUGUGGUCUUUCUAUGCGGCGACAGUGUGAACUCACUGACAUUGCCAUAAUAACAACACUAGUUUGGCUAUUAAUUUUUACUGAGUUAAUGUCCUGCCCUACACCACAGAUCUGUACAGAAGACUAGAUCCGUCAUCGCGUACAUACCAGCACGUCCACACAGGUUGGCCAUAUUAGCCCAGCCAAACUUCACAGACUCUCUGUUACACCUGAGGUAAACUGAAGUAAGAAACAUUGAGGUGCUUCAAUAUGUAUAGUCAUCUUGCUGAAAUAUUGACGCAUGUAUAUAAAUGGUAGGGCUCCUUAAAACUUGUAUGUAGAGUGGGGUAAAAAGCACUGGGGAGUCAUAUGCUACCCGCCGAAUUGUCCAAAAAUAGAGAUGGGCCCAGGCCUAGAGCAAAUAAACAUUUU